AUGAGCCCGGACUUUUAUCGCCGUCAAUCCACCCGCGACGAGGAGCAAUCGGCUGCUGCUGCUGCUGCUGCGGCGGCGCCGGACGCUUGCUUGAUCGAGAGCCGUCGUUGGAAAUGCCUCCGUUCCCCGGUGCGCCGAUUUAUGAAGACGGGAGGACAAACGAUGGGUGCCAAGCAAACAAGCAAACUGUAUCAUGAACGCGCCCAGCUCAGCUCUUUGCACAACGCAGCAGCGCAGGUCAGGCUAGGGCAGGGCUCCCGCGAGCUGCUGCUGCUGUCGUGGACACUAAUGACGGAAGGCGGGCGGCGGGGUGAGGCACUGCUGCUCCUCUAUGUCUGA